AUGCACCUCUCCCACCUUCCCCAAACCCUCCUCAUCCUCCUCCUCGCCCUCGCACCCACCGCCCUCACCCUCCCAGACCCUCUCCGCCCACAACACCAAAUCGUCCUCGACCCCCGCUCCCCCGAAGCCCGCCAGCAGCGCCUCGAGGCAUGGAAGGCGCAAAAACCGAUGCACACCACCGCCCUGCUCGCCGGCGCCGCCGCCACCGCCGUCCCGGAAGCGCAGGUUCGAAACGGGAGGAGGAGGGAUCUGAGCGGUAUCACGGGGGAGAAGGGGAUGUGGAUACCGGUUGGGAUUUGGGACGGUGGGGAUGAGGUGGAUGGGGAGCGGGGGCGCGAAGUUGGGGACGUGGGAGGGGGAAGGGGUUGGUGUUGGGGCUGGAGGAUGGGGUUGAGGGUGUGGAGGGUGAUGGGGGGUGUUUGGGGUGAGGGAUGUGGUUGA